AUGUGUGGAGAUGUCGUUGUUAAGACUGAGUACGUUCCCACUGUUUGUGAGCUGUGUGGAGACAUCAGUGUUGAGACUGUCUGUGAGCUGUGUGGAGACGUCAGUGUUAAGGCUGUCUGUGAGCUGUGUGGAGACGUCAGUGUUAAGACUGGCGGUGAGCUGUGUGGAGACGGUAGUGUUAAGACUGUCGGUGAGCUGUGUGGAUACGUCAUUGUUAAGACUGUCGGUGAGCUGUGUGGAGACGUUAGAGUUAAGACUGUUGGUGAGCUGUGUGGAGACGUCAUUGUUAAGACUGUCGGUGAGCUGUGUGGAGACGUUAGAGUUAAGACUGUUGGUGAGAUGUGUGGAGACAUCAGUGUUAUGAGUGUCUGUGAGCUGUGUGGAGACGUAAGUGUUAAGACUGUCUGUGAGCUGUGUCGAGACGUUAGUGUUAAGACUGGCGGUGAGAUGUGUGGAGACGUUAGUGUUAAGACUGGCGGUGAGCUGUGUGGAGACGUUAGUGUUAAGACUGUCGGUGAGCUGGGGGAGGCGUUAGUGUUAAGACUGGCGGUGAGCUGUGUGGAGACGUUAGUGUUAAGACUGGCGGUGAGCUGUGUGGAGACGAUAGUGUUAAGACUGUCGGUGAAUUUUGUGGAGACGUUAGUGUUAAGACUGGCGCUGUGUGAAGACGUCAGCGUUAAGACUGUCGUUGAGCUGUGUGGAGACGUCAGUGUUAAGACUGUCGGUGAGAUGUGUGGAGACAUUAGUGUUAAGACUGGCGGUGAGAUGUGUGGAGACGUUAGUGUUAAGACUGUCGGUGGGCUGUGUGGAGACGUCAGUGUUAAGACAGUCGGUGAGAAGUGUGGAGACGUCAGUGUUAAAACUGGUGGUGAGCGGUGUGGAGACGUCAUUGUUAAGACUGUCGGUGAGAUGUGUGGAGACGUUAGUGUUAUAACUAUCUGUGAGCUGUGUGGAGACGUUAGUUCUAAGACAGAAUACGUUCAUACUGUUCGUGAGCUGUGUGGAGAGGUCAGUGUUAAGACUGUCGGUGAGCUGUGUGGAGACGUUAGUGUUAAGACUGUCGGUGAGCUGUGUGGAUACGUCAUUGUUAAGCCUGUCGGUGAGCUGUGUGGAGACGUUAGUGUUAAGACUGUUGGUGAGAUGUGUGGAGACAUCAGUGUUAUGAGUGUCUGUGAGCUGUGUGGAGACGUCAGUGUUAAGACUGUCUGUGAGCUGUGUGGAGACGUUAGUGUUAAGACUAUCUGUGAGCUGUGUGGAGACGUUAGUGUUAAGACUGUCGGUGAGCUGUGUGGAGACGUCAGUGUUAAGAUCGUCGGUGAGCUGUGUGUAGACGUUAGUUCUAAGACAGAAUACGUUCAUACUGUCGGUGAGCUGUGUGGAGACGUCAGUGUUAAGACUGUCGGUGAGAUGUGUGGAGACGUUAGUCUUAAAACUGUCGUUGAGCUGUGUGGAGACGUCAGUGUUAAGACUGUCGGUGAGAUGUGUGCAGACAUUAGUGUUAAGACUGGCGGUGAGAUGUGUGGAGACGUUAGUGUUAAGACUGUCGGUGGGCUGUGUGGAGACGUCAGAGUUAAGACUGUCGGUGAGAUGUGUGGAGACGUUAGUGUUAAGACUGUUGGUGAGAUGUGUGGAGACAUCAGUGUUAUGAGUGUCUGUGAGCUGUGUGGAGACGUCAGUGUUAAGACUGUCUGUGAGCUGUGUCGAGACGUUAGUGUUAAGACUGUCGGUGAGAUGUGUGGAGACGUAAGUAUUAAGGCUGUCUGUGAGCUGUGUGGAGACGUUGGUAUUAAGACCGUCGGUGAGCUGUGUGUAGACGUUAGUUCUAAGACAGAAUACGUUCAUACUGUCGGUGAGCUGUGUAGAGACGUCAGUGUUAAGACUGUCGGUGAGAUGUGUGGAAACGUUAGUGUUAAGACUGUCGUUGAGCUGUGUGGAGACGUUAGUGUUAAGACUGUCGGUGGGCUUUGUGGAGACGUCAGUGUUAAGACUGUCGGUGAGAUGUGUGGAGACGUUAGUGUUAAGACAGUCGAUGAGAUGUGUGGAGACGUCAGUGUUAAAACUGGUGGUGAGCCGUGUGGAGACGUCAUUGUUAAGACUGUCGGUGAGAUGUGUGGAGACGUUAGUGUUAUGACUAUCUGUGAGCUGUGUGGAGACGUUAGUAUAAAGACAGUCGGUGAGAUGUGUGCAGACGUAAGUGUUAAGACUGUCGGUGAGAUGUGUGGAGACGGUAGUGUUAAGACAGUCGGUGAGAUGUGUGGAGACGUCAGUGUUAAUACUGGUGGUGAGCCGUGUGGAGACGUCAUUGUUAAGACUGUCUGUGAGCUGUGUGGAGACGUUAGUAUUAAGACAGUCGGUGAGAUGUGUGCAGACGUAAGUGUUAAGACUGUCUGUGAGCUGUGUGGAGAUGUCGUUGCUAAGACUGGCGGUGAGCGGUGUGGAGAUGUCAGUGUUAAGACUGAGUACGUUCACACUGUUUGCGAGCUGGUGGAGACGUCACUGUUUAGACUGUCUGUGAGAUGUGUGGAGACGUUAGUGUUAAGACUGUCUGUGAGCUGUGUGGAGAUGUUAGUGUUAAGACUGUCGGUGAGCUGUGUGAAGACAUUAGUGUUAAGACUGUCGGUGAGAUGUGUGGAGACGUUAGUGUUAAGACUGUCUGUGAGCUGUGUGGAGACGUCAGUGUUAAGACUUGAGUACGUUCACACUGUUUGUGAGCUGUGUGGAGACGUCAGUGUUAAGACUGAGUACGUUCAUACUGUAAGCCGUAUGGAGACGUCAGUGUUAUGA